AUAAGCAUAAGUUCAUCUUGACGGAUUUACAAAAUUUUAUUAAGUUAUUAAUAGUUAUAUUAUCAUGACGUUACGAAUUAAUAUUGAACCGAGCUACCUAAAAUCCCUUAAAGAAAAAGACACAAAGUUACAUCAUAUACCAUGUAAAAUAAAAGCUGAUGCAGAAGCAAAUGUAAGCACAUAUUUUGAGAAUUAUAUAGACAAAGACGAGGAUACUGAAGUGUUACACAAUUCAUUUAGGGGAUAUCCUUUACAAGGAAAAGUAUAUGAUGUCCCUGCGGGAUAUACGGGAAUAAUAUUAAAUGAAUCAAAUGAAACUCUAUCAGAAGAUACAGAUAGAAAUUUACAUUUGAAGGGUACUUUUGAUAAAUUCACUUACUGGAAUUGGGAUAAAGUUCCAAGCAGAAAUGAUGCAUUUGAUCAAGCAUUGGAUUGGAUAGAUAUAGCAAGAGCACUCCACACGCCAAUAAAUGAAAAUAUGGUA